AUGAUGGGCUAUCAACCUUUGGUAUUUCCAAAUCUUAUUGGUGGCACAAAAGAUACUUUUCCCACGAACACAACGCUGCCACCAAUAAUACCCAGAGGUGCGAUUUCUACAAGUACCACUCAAUUGCCACCAACGUCAACAUCACAGCCAUCAGCCAACGACCGCCAUGACACCAUCGAACCUCCACAAUCAUCACGGGAAACGGGCAGUAAGCUCCCAGGAACUGCUGUACCUUAUCAAUCCGAGCAAGCCGCCAGGGAAUUGCAGAAAAUAGAUCAGCCUUGGCCGAACUGGUCACACUGCAAUCCUUUAGCAGCCUUUGAAGAUCGCUGCCAUCCCAAACCUGCCACCUGCCGGCAUGUUCAAAAUGCCACCAACAAUCAUGGGAUUGGCAAUGCCCUGGAAAUCACCUAUGUCAAAGUGGCAUCCGAAUCACUCCGACAGAAACCAGACUGUGCUCCCAUUAUUCACGACAAACCUGUACGACCCAUACAUCCGGGGGAAUUUUCCUUUCAAUUGUUGGACUACGUGAAGGAACCCUCGUGGGUCGUUCAACCCAGCAAAUCGUUUCGAGAUUUCCAGGCCAAAUGUCUGGCGUUUCUGCUGACACAACCCAAACAGGUCGUCACGGACAAGGUACAAGCCAUUCAGCAACAGUAUAGUGCACAACAACACAACGACAAACAACACUAUCCUCUCGUGGCCAUGCACCUACGAACGGGAUGGAGCGAUGAAAUGCAACGAAACGUUCCUGGAUGGGAUGGACUGGGAUCCUGUGAGGAUUAUCAAAACCAAUUCCCUGUGGACAUGGCGCAUCAUGCCGUGAGUGAUUUGCCAUUGAAGCAAGUCAUUUUGGACUUUGCAACGGCCGCGGAUCGUGUGUUUGGGGCAGGGGGGAACCACAAACAAUGGCGAUUGUACGUGGCCAGUGAUGCUCCGGGGAUUCGAAACUACGUCCGACAUUUGUUACACGACCGAGUCGUGGGACCCAUUGUGUGGCAAGAGGGUCGUAUUGGACACAACUACCAGGGUGGAAUGGCUACCAGUUUGGAGGAAAAGGUGGCAACCUCUGUGAGUGCAUUCACGGAUUUGGUCAUUAUGAGUGAAGCCGAUAUGCUAGUCUGUAUUAGUUCCCGAUUCCCGUCAGCUGCCAACCUGCGAUCGGGAGGUUGCCCACAGCGAUUUGCCGAGGUGGGUGCAUUCCCGAGGCAUGAGUUGGCAAUCGCCGGAGAUUUACUCCACAAAGCAUGGACCAAAUAUACUAGCAAAAGCAAAAACACUUCACCUGGGGCUAUCACCGGUAGUACCCCGUGGUGUCCUGCUCUGGAUGAGGAAGCCAAAGCAAAGCUGUUUGAUGCCAUUCCGGGAGGCAGGGACAAUCCCUGUACCACAGCUGUGGAUCCAAUCCGAGCAUGUUUCUGUCUGCUCAAGUUAAGCCAUGCAUAG